AUGGGUGAUUUUCCUCUUAGUAGAGUUUCGAAAGUUAAACCGUUUAGUUGUGUUGGGGUAGACUUUGGUGGUCCUUUCACCAUUACUGCGUCUCGGGUGAGAGGUGUCAAGCUCCUCAAAUCUUAUUUAAGUCUUUUUGUUUGUUUUGCCACUAAGGCCAUUCACGUGGAGAUCGUCUCGGAUCUUUCAACGGAUGCAUUCAUCGCCGGUUUACGKCGAUUUAUUGCUCGUCGCGGUAGAUGUGAUCGUAUAUUUAGCGAUAAUGGUACCAACUUCGUGGGUGCCAAUCGAGAACUUUGUCGUCUCAUGCGAUUUGCCGUGGACAGUCAGUCUAUCGAGUGGUCGUUUAAUCCGCCUUCUGCGCCCCACUUUGGGGGCUUAUGGGAGAGCGGCAUCAAAUCGGUUAAAACGCAUAUUGCUCGAGUUGUUGGAUCGCAAGUUUUAACGUUUGAGYAGUUGUAUACUCUCGUGGUUCAAAUUGAAGCUUUGUUAAAUUCUCGACCACUGUGCCCUUUGAGCAAUGAUCCGAAUGAUUUGCGGUCAUUAACACCCGGUCAUUUUUUAACUCUUGAACCUCUGACUGCCCCUCCGAACCCAGAUUUAACACAUUUGAAAAUUUCCAAUUUGUCGCGAUGGCAAUUAGUYCAACGAAUGCAACAAGAGUUUUGGAAACGCUGGCACAAUGAGUACCUACACACCCUGUACCAGCGCAGAAAAUGGGCAGUUGCACCUCUGUCUUUGGUGGAUAUAGGCUCUUUGGUCCUCUUAAAGGACGAACUGUCCCCUCCUUUGCAAUGGAAGAUGGGACGCAUUGAAUCAAUUCAUCCGGGUCCGGACGGUCACGUGCGCGUCGCUACUAUUCUUGCAAAUCGUACGCAAGAAUUUGAACAGGGGUCGCCGGUCUUUUGGGCCACAAUUGUUGAAUCAACUCUUCCAAAUAAUUCGUCACAGCGCAGGCAGUUGAUGAUUUUACAAGAAGAAGUCGAGACUUACCAUAAAGACAAUGAUUCCAUUGAAAUUAACCUUCAGGCUUACAUAAAUAAACCUGACCCGUUAAUUAUAUUUGAGAAUAUUGAAGAAACAAAUGGUUUUAAAAUUGCAUUUCGCCAUUUCAUGGAGUAUGGUAAUCCAGAAGCAACAACAUAGAAGAAAUCCAAUGGUUUUGUACUUUUUUUGCAAAUAAAUAUGUAAAUAUCAAUCAAAGUGGUUUAAUAUUUUGUCUUUUCAGAUAAACAUACGUUUAAAAAC